AUGUCCCAAUCCCCUCCGCCGCCUCCAGCAUGGAGCAUUAGCAGCAUGGCCAACAACGCAAUUCAGUUUCUUCGUUUGCCCGUACUGGCCUCUUCCGGUCUGGCUGUGGUCGCAAGUGGAGUCCUUUAUUUUAAGCAAAAUGAAGUGGUCUACCCCCGCAAUAUCCCAGUCGAUGCGCGAAUCAAUGUGCCGAGUCCCCGUCAAUUCGGUAUCACCGAUUUUGAAGAACUUCAAAUCCCAACACCCGAUGGAGAAUCCCUUCAUGCCUUAUUUCUGCGGGGGCCCAAGACUCGUUCUAAGCGCAAUCUUACAGUGAUGAUGUUCCAUGGGAAUGCUGGUAAUAUUGGUCAUCGCGUCCCCAUCGGCAAAGCGAUCCAAGAUACGCUAGGCUGCAAUAUCUUUAUGCUCGAAUACCGGGGAUAUGGAAAGUCCACUGGCACACCAGAUGAAGUGGGCCUGAAGAUUGAUGCCCAGACUGGCUUGGACUACUUGCGACAGCGCCCAGAAACGAGAGAUACACAGCUAGUCAUCUAUGGACAGAGCUUGGGUGGCUCCGUUGCGAUCAACCUGGUUGCAACCAACCAAGAACAGGGUGACAUUGCAGGAUUGAUCUUGGAGAACACUUUCACUAGUAUUCGAAAGUUGAUCCCAUCUAUCAUGCCCCCAGCGCGGUACCUAGCUCGCUUCUGCCAUCAGACUUGGCAAAGCGAGGACUGGCUGCCUAAAAUCACCAAUAUUCCUAUUUUGUUUUUGAGUGGACUUAAAGAUGAAAUUGUGCCGCCUUCUCAUAUGACUGCAUUAUUCGCACUCUGCCAGUCAGAGACCAAAAUCUGGCGUACUUUGCCGAACGGAGCCCACAAUGACUCUGUGGCCGAGCCGGGUUACUUUGACCACAUCCAUUCCUUUGUUACUGAGGAAGUGAUGGAUAAAUAA